GUGAACCUGAGCUGUCCAAAUCUCUGUUUCUGUUCUCAUGCAAAAAGGCCAUUUGCAUGCGUCAAAAAAUUCAAACUUACUGUCAUUGCGGAAAUUUCUAGAUGCAACUGGAUGUUCCUUUGCCGCUGUAUUAAGCGAGAAAAUGUACUGACAGCAUCGAAAUUUCUAUGUGAUUGAUAAAUGCAAGAUUGCCAAGUAUAACACACUUUUUUACUACCUGUGAAAAUAAAUAGAUUUGCAAAAAAAUGUCACACUUCCUCUUUUUUGGAAAAGGAAAAGCCGCGUUCAUCCGGACGCUCCUUGCAGUGGUAUCGACUACUGCGUCUACUUCGUUUUUCGCCUCCGGUCUAGAAUUGAAACGCCUCACCACCACAAAAGCCCCGGCGAAGGCGCUACGGGGUGUGGAUGGCUCUGGUGUUGUUGCAGGACUGCAUGAUCGUGGUGUUGUAGGUUCGCAGGCUGGUGGUCUUGUCCACGACGAGAACCCGGAGAACCGAGGAGCGGGCCAACGAUCACAAGACCAAGAUGACCUCGACACAACGGCGCAGAGUUACUCACCGCAGAGAAAAAGGCCAACUGUACUAGCACCGUCUCAAGAAGAACGCCCUCCUCUACCAGUGGGGCUAUUGCCUGCCGAGAGGGUCACUCUUGUGCCAGAAAGUUCUCGUGAAGACCGAUCUAAUGCCCCUCAGCCUGUAUCACCAGGUCAAGGAGAGCAUCCCCAAGGAAAGCUCGAACAUCUGGCACAGUCCGCAGAUCAUCAUCAUGAAAGUCUUCCGAGGAUCCGGGCAGCUGGUUUGCAGAAGCAGCAGCCAGACCGAAAUAAAGGGAAAGCAGCGGUUUCUGUUGAUGGAUUUCCCGAGGAACUGCAAGAGGAACCGUUUUUGGUCCCCACCGUAGUUCCUCCCUCAGCCAGUUCCGCCACCUCGAGCACCGGAAGUUUUUCCUCCACGCCCGCGCCCACGGUUUCCCAGGACGCGGCGCAACUGAAUAUCGAUCAUUUGGUGCUUCCUGCUGGUACACUUACAACCCCGCCUGAGCAAUUCGUGGACGAUUUUGUGGGCGACGGAGCUCAUGACUCGAGGAGUCGUGGUUGGUCAGUCAUGCAGCUAGAGGCAGCCAGGGGAAGGGGAUCACCUACAGCAACUUUACCGUUACGACCUCGACAUCAUCUUGUCCCCGCAACAAGCGCUCUGUCGCUUUCCGAGUCGUUAGCUUCCUCUAGUACAGAUCGAGCCACGUUUGGCCUUGGCGGAACAAGCAGAAUUCAUGUCCCCGAGACCACGAGGGCAAACAACUGGGCGGUGCUGAGUUAUGCACGCGGCCCUGCUCCGGCCUCUCCUGUAAUCCCACCCCCACGAGUUGUACCGCCGGAGAUCGCUACAGUAGAAGAGCGCGAUUGGUCCAAACUUAGGUCGCGCGAGUCUGAAUUUUCCGGCAAGGGAUUAUAUGGGCAAGCGAGCAGUCGUGAGGCCGCUGAAGAGUUUGCAGCGGCGGGAAAGCAACGAUAUCCUGCGCAAAAGAAAAAGGACGUGUCUUCACCAAAAGCAAAACUCUGGAAGCAGCGCCCUUCCGUUCGUAAAGACACAAAGCAAAGCCAAAGUACACACAGUGACGCAAAAGACACUUCUCCACGACCGGUUCUCCCGAGGCCCCAAAGUUUCGCGGAGGGACAGCUGUUGAAAACGCAGCCGUGUAUCCCAAUGAAAAAUCCCACCUCCCCAUAUCAAAAGGAAGUUUCUGAUGCUGGAUUUGCGUAUACAAAUCAGGUUUGUCUUGCUGUAGAGGACUGCAGGCUCCUGCCAAGCCUGAGUAGAGAGCUUUUGGCCUAGGCGCUUAGCAUGAGAAACGACUAUGCUGUAGGUCCAACAGCAUCACAAACCGCCUGCAUAAUGCGGCAGAGCUUGCGGAGUUGUCUUCUUGCAAGACAGACGUGAUUUGUGGUCUCAAAGCAGCAAGACAAAAUAGCGGGGUCAUGCCUUUUCGAUAUGGGGAGGGGGGAUUUUUCCUCUCAAUACCGUGUGUACGGUUUUUCCAGACGGGCGCGUGCCAAUGGGGAAAGCACUGCAAUUUCUACCACACGAUUGAUGAAAAGAAGCCCCCGGUCGACCUGCGCAAAACGAGACUCUGUCCCACCGUCUGCGACGGCAAAUUUCGCGAGGGCAAGUACCCGGCUGGGUUUUGGUGUCCGGGGGCGGCGACGUGUCCCUACGCGCACAGCGAGAAGGAGUUGCGACUGGAUCCCAUGGUCUACAAAUCAAAAAGGUGCUUGUUUUACGCCCGUGGGCAUUGCCGGAAGGGGGCAAACUGUACCCACUAUCACUCGGAGACGGAGCGAAUACACUACGAACACAAAAGACAGGACAUGCUUCGGGAGAAGGCCGCACAAAAGAUGCAGCAUGACUUUUUGGAUGGUGCACGACCUGGAACGGCUGCUGGAGGUGCUUCAGCUGGUUUUUCAUUCUCGCCCCCCGCAGCUCCGUCGGAAGAAGAGCGCGGCCGUCGGAUGGAUACCGGAGUUACUGCUUCUGCUGCGUCGUCGCGUUGGGACGGCGGCGGAAAGAUGGGCUUUGCAAAUCAGUUUGGUUCCGGCACUUCCGCUGUUUCUGCAGCACCUGCGACUGAAGGGCUCCAAGGUAUUCUGGUGGGGCCAUCAGCAGCUUCGUCGUCCAGCUCUUCCGCUACUUACUUUGAGCCAUUGCAUUCGAGCUCGGCGCCAGCAACAGCAUCAGCACCUUACAGUCACCGCUCACUGCCACCCGGCCUGGACUUUUGCUUUCCCGCCACUGCCCGUCCGUCCUACUCCGUCACGACCUUGCCUCGCGACAUCGUCGGGUUUUGUGAGAAUAUGCGGAAAUAUAGCGAAGCUCAAGACCAGGGGCAACACCGAGAACCGGCGAAGAGUUCAGGCCUUCGUCCCCCAAGCUGCUCCGCGCUGCCUUCCACGCACUUAUCAGAAAUUCCGCCUCAAGGAGUAGAUCAACAACGUGAAUCGCACCCGGCGACAGUGACAGAAAAUACACCAGCAACUCCUGCUGUGGAUCUCGAUUUUUGUUCGCAACAGGUCGAGCUACGCACAGCCACAAGCGGUUUUUCCAGCGGCGAUUCGAGCAUCGGAAAAUCCAGUGGCGAAAAGUCUUCCUGUGAGUGUAGUAGCUCGAGCGAGGAGCAAUUUUUUUGGACCCCGGAGGGACAAGACAACGCAGCUGCGGGGACGGAAGAUGAUGGAGAAGUUAUGACCGCAGCAAUGCAUCAACUAGCGAUUGCUCAUUUCGACUUCGGGCACCAGGUUUUAGCGCAGGAGCAGGCAUUAUAUCAAGAUGUCGACAUGGAUAAAGAAGAACAUCGACCGAGGACCGCGUUUUCAUCCCCCGAGGCGAAGACGUGCCUUGUGGUCGACUGUAAAGACGAUGAAUCGAAAUCGCAGCCAUGGACAUGCGCUGCGUUAGUCAAGGAGGAAGAUGAAGGGCGUACACAGGCUUGGCCCAUCAAAACAAGUAGCACCAAGUCAGGGCGGAAUAAGAUGAGCACGCCGUUGUUGGCGAACGCUAGCAGCAGUAAGAGCACACCCAUAAUGCCGAAAGCGCUAGCUGCGGCCACUGAAGCUCUUCGCUUCGCGUCGAAUCUUUCACAGGCGAUCCUUUCUUCAGAAGGAGCAGCAGGAAGUUCUCCUUCUGUUCCUGCAGAUUCGAUGCGCGGGUGUGGCUGCACGGUUCCGGGGGAGAAGAGGAGCACCACGUUUGAAACGGAACCUGUGUACUUGCGGGGUAUCAAAAUGGAAGAAAUAAUUUCUUCACUCAUGGCUCGCUCCUGCACAACAGCAACAUGUGAUGUGUGUCGAUGUUUUUUGAUGGCUUCAAAAGGCAAAUUGUGUAGAGAGGUUAUGGUCUUCCCCGAGUGCGCUUCCCGUUUUCUUGAUGCGGUAGGUUAGGAUGCGUGGCAAAACAAAAACGACAUCAUAUUAAUAUGUAUCGCCAUGAUGAAUUACUGAUUCAUCAUUAGCCUCUCUAAUUCAGAAUUAGAGAGGCGAAAACGCUGGUUGCUCCUGUGGUGAAGAUUCGUUCAGUUUUCGUUGCAUAGCAUUCGCCUCACUCCCUCCAUAUCCAGCUCCGUUUGUGUUAGGCUCUUCUCCUGUAGUUGCGGGUCCAGAUGUGAUCGAAGCUCGUGAAGAUCGCCCACUAUUGCGUCACUUCACUCAGUUUCACACUUCCUCUCUACCACCGCAUCUUGGGCGCCAACCACAUGCGGCAAACAACCUGCAGCAACCGUUGCGUCCGAAAUUUGAUUUGCGGUUGGAAAAUUUCUUGCAAGGUGACGGGCGGGAGGAUCUUGUUGAUACAUCUAUGCAGAAUUGUCGGGAUGGAGUGAAGCAACGAAACGUCGCUGUAGCUGCUUCCGCGGCGUCAUCUUCUGCCUCCGGCAUGAUUACCAGCGUACCACCACCUGGUCACAUGUCCAAGUCUGCGACUCCGAAGAAGAAACAGAAUCCGAAUUCCCGGCAAAAUAGGCACGCCUCUCCCGAUCAGCAAUUAGAAACAAAGGAGGUGAACGCAGUAGGAGCAUUCGCAGGACCUUUGCUUCUGCAUUCACAUCUAGCUGCUGCGGAGGCACCUGCACUUUAUAAUGCCGCGCAACAACCACUAUCUCAGCACUCGCCUCCUCGGCAACAGAGCCCUGCGUGUAGCAGUCUCGGGAGAGAGUUGGUCAGUAGAAACCACCGAUUUGAACAAGAUGGGAGAGAACACCAUGGACAAGCCGCAGCCGCCGUCGACGCAUCUUCAUCAAGUUCGGUCAUUGCGAAUCAGAAAAAGUCCUCUGACGCCAGCAGUACUAUCAGCGUCCCUGAAAAACAACUUUGGAAAACGAAGUACUGCGAGCCGCAUUUGUGCCAGUUCCGGGACAACCCGAGCGAAGCUGCAAGAUGUUGCCCCUACGCGCACUCUAGAGAGGAGCUGCGGCCGCGGCCGGAUUUCCGGAAGACGUCGUUGUGUGCGACGUUCGCGAAAAGUGGGUCGUGCAAGAACGGGUUGAAGUGCAGAUACGCGCAUUCUGCGGAGGAAAGAGCGCAGUAUUUGAAUGCGGAUUUGAGGGGGACGAAGAUUUGCGAGUUUUACGCGACGUUGGGCCGGUGCAAACACGGGAAGAAUUGUAUGCGAUGAAACCAACGUAUCGGUCAGCGUCACUCAAACGACAUAAGUAAGUAGUGUUUUCAGGCAAACACUCACCGAGCACUUAAUUUUUUCCCGUGCAUCUUGGAUAAUAAAUCUUGCUGCGGAGCCCGAAAACUUUCUAGAAGUGUGCCGCAGGCCCAGGCGAAUAAGAGCCAGAGCGAUAGAAGUAGAGUCCAAUGAAGGUUGAAAGAUUGAAUCCAAGUUUGCAGACGGCGCUGACAAGAUUGCAAAGGCUUCAUAACUUGCUCGCACUCACACAUUUCAAAGGAGAAGUUUCGGUGUGCGAUCUGGCUAAACGCUGAUGCCUAAAAAUUAGCCAAGUACCGGAAGCAAGGAAGCGUAAACGGCGAGCUGUGCACGAAUGCGGUUUGAGGAGAACAAAGCCGCUACCUUUGUAUCGUUUGUCUUACUAGUAUGCGACGCAUAUCUAUGUUUAGUCAAUUGCCUAGACCUAUGACGGAGACGAUGGCGUCAGCAGUAGGUCAAGUCCGCCAUUGCCCCAAUGAGCGAAAAUGUUUCGCCUUUUUUACUCGAUGCAGUUGAGCAGGGAAGCUAAAAUCUGAUUUCCAUGCAUACCCUUCUGAGACAGGGAUGUUUGGGGGUUGGGAAGUUUAAGGCAUAAUUGCCCAUCCUUAUCAGACCGUGAACGUGAUGGGCGAUCUACUUUCGGGAGAUUCCGGCAAAUAGGAAUGUAUGUACCAUCGCUUUACCUGACGCGCUUUUUAGAUUAGCUGUAAAACAGUAGGCAUUACUGCACUAGACGUAGAGAUAACAGCUUGAGGCUACACUACUCAGCAUGAGAUGCUGUUCCCCAGCCGAGCGGUCCUGGGCAGAUUUCUCUCACGGAGUCGCAGCCGUUGCUACGAUUGAAACUGGUAUCGAUGAAGUGUUGUAAUGCCUUAUAGCCAUUCAUUGGUACGCUCAGGUGGGACCGCGGACAUUUGCGCUGAGGAUUGUUGAAAAUUAGCAAAUUUGUGUGUAGUAAGGCCCUCCCCGCUUGGUUCGAGUGAUCGUGAUCCAACUAGCUCGUUCCCGGUUGCGACAGCCACUCCUGCGUGUGCGUGCUGUUUCUUUGUCACAAAAGCGCGCGUGGUGUCUUUUUGCUACUUUGUAUGGAUUCGCCAGCAUUGUUUGGCCUUGGCGUCGGCUGUCGUUGGUGCAAACGCUUACUCGCUUGAAAGUCGGUUGCUGGUUAGAGGGAAACUUCGUUUACGAAUGCUUCAGCUGCAUGGGAGAGAUACGAAUACAUGCGCGAGGUAGUGCCGGGGUAGUGACUUCUAGUCAUCGAACUCGAAGCAGUUUACAUAAAUAUGUUUAUUACAACAUCAACUUCUACUUGCUCUUGCACGAGAGAUCGAUAUCACGAGGCCACGGUCACGACGCUCUUUGAACUUGCCCUUCGUCCUGCAUACAAAAA